GGCGUCGGCGUCACGCUUAACCCCCUCGCCGCCGCCUCUGCGCUGGGCCUCCGGGUCCGCCGGCCCAGCCGAACCCCGCGGAAGCCUCCGCCUCCUCCGCCUCCUCCUCCUGGCGGGCUCCGGGGCCGCGCGUGGCCGGGGCGGGCGGGCGGCGGCGCUGCGGGUAGGAGGGCGGCGGCCGUCGUGCGAGGGAGGGAGGGAGGGAGAGUCCGGGCGGCGCUUGUGCUGCCGGGCUCCCCCUCGAUGUUCUCCGCCGGCCUCUUCCUGGUCAACCUGCUGGUCCUCUACUACGCCUUCCUGCUGGAGUACAUCGCCCUCAACGUGGGCCUCGUCUUCCUGCCCGACGACAUGGACCAGGCGCUGCUGGACCUCGGGCUCCUCUCCGACCCGGCGCUCGGCCUCUACCGGCUGGACAGCGAGGGCGAGCCGCUCGACGCCUACUGGGACUAGGGCCGCCCGCCCGCCCGCCCGCGGAGGUAGGGGCGGCGAAGGAGGGGAGCCCCGAGGGGGGCGGCUCAGCCCUUGUGCGCGCUCCGGCAAGGCUCGCUGCCCUCCAGUGGGCCGCGACUGCAGCAAUCCCUUCAGGGGCACAAGGCAUCUCUGCAGCCCCCCCGCCCCCGCCCCGGGCUUCUGCAGGGGACACGGGCCGCCCUUUCAGCUUUGGCUUCAUUCGCAUGUCCACAGGCUGCCUUGCUACAGGAGGGAAGGAAAAGAAAAGAUCCCGGAAAGGACGCAUGGAUUCCGGCCUGAGGCCCUCCAGGGUCCCCCAGGGAAGCUGGACUCAGGAUGGGACCUGCAACUCUUGACGGGUUUGCCAGCAUCCUGCAGGGAUCCGUUAGCAGCGUUUACGCAGGGAGCCUGGAGUGGGGAAAACCCCAGGAGACUCUGGUCUCUUACACUGAACCAAGGGAUUGACUUGCUUCCCUUGUCUUGAAGAGGCAAAGGUAUGUCUGGAGCUAGCCUGGAUUCUCGGACAAGGCAAGCAGUGGCUGCGAUGGGGUCACCAGCUUUGAAGGGGGCUGGGGGAAUAAACACCGAGAGCCUGAGGUUGCUUGCAACAGCGCAUGUUCCUGAACACAGAACUGCUCGGCAGUUGAAAGUUGACCUUGCACCACGGUGCAGAAGAUGCCCGAAUCACGUUUUCCCCGUAGGACAGUAGAAUGCAGCCCUCCAUUAUCAGUACUAUCCAUAUCUGUGAGAGCUUUUAAAAAAAAAGACCUUCACUCCUCUUUGAUGAAAUGUUUUCCAGCACGUAGAAAGGUUAUUUGACGUUAAUGAAGCUUGCUCCCUGGCUAGGUUUCCAGCUGCAGGGAGAGACAGGUGUGGAAAUAUGGCGAAGCUGUCAAUUUGCACGGGAGUCCUUAAGUGUUAUUAGCCAUGAAGGCUCCGGUUUCUGCUCUUUCGAAGCGUGGAAAUGUUGGAAGCCUCCAACUGGCAAUCUUAAUUUGCUGUGAAUGAUCAGGUCGCCCUUCUUAAAUUUUAUUUUUUGAGAUCCCCCGAACCUUUGCAAUACCCACAAAAGGUCUGCUUUUUAAAGAGUAAUAAUUUAAAAGGGGGGGGGGAGAAGAACUGCAGGGAUGUUUCUGUCGCACUGUUACAGAGAAGAAUUGAUUUUGUAAGUAUUUUUAUAACUUGAGGGAAGGAAAGAAGAGCCUUGUCAUUGUUAGGGCAAGUUAUUUUGGAAAACGUUCAAAUGCAUUGUUACGUAAAGCAGAAAAUGUAAAAAAAGCAAUAUCUUGAUAACUGGACCUCUUGCAAAUAUAGAUGUGUGCAGGUGACUACAA